AUGCCUUCCUGUUUUAAGUGUAGAACUUUUGUUUCAAAUAUUCCUGGCCUUAAGGUUCAUUUUGAUUCCAAACACAAGAAAGAUUGUCUCCUUUUUUAUACAUGUGUAGAACAAAAUUGCUUUUCUAACUUCAAUACUUGGGCUAAAUUAAGAAGACAUUUAAGCAGAUGCCAUCGUCCUGUGCCAACUGUUAGUGAAUUUAUGCUUCACGAGACUGAACUAAAUGAUUCUGCUAGUGAUAUUGAAAACGUGUUUGUUGAUUUAAGUUGUGAUGCAAAUGAACAGUCGGCGCCUGACCCUGUUUUAGUUGCAAAAGAAGUGGAAGAAGAGAUGCGUGAUUUGCUGAUUGAGAUUACUGGCAAACUGUAUGCUGACCCUACGCUCCCCCGUUGUCAGGUGCAAGUAGUGGUUGAUGAGUUGCAUAAACUAACUUCUAAAGUAAUUUCAAUUGUAAAGCCAACUAUUGUUACAACUAUGCAAAGUGAGAAGAUCGAGCAUGAGAAAAUUAGAAAGGUAGCAGACAUGUUUGAUGUUAUUGAUAGGUCCUUUGAUUCUUUUUCUUCUGAUUACCUUAGGCUAAAAAUGUUUUCAGAGCAAGGUUGUCUAUUGUUACCAGUUCCGCAUACAAUUGGAUAUGGUAUGCGAGAUAAAAAGAAAAAUGGUAUCAUGGUCAAAGAAAUCGUGCCUAUGCAAGGCCAGUUUAUUCCUUUAAGAAAAUUGUUCAAGAUGUUUCUUUCUUUGCCAGGAGUAUUCAAUACAUGUUACUCAUACAUGGAAAAACUUGAAAAGGAAACAAAUGUACUCGCCAAUUUUGUUCAAGGCAAGUUGUGGAAAGAAAAAAAGGCUCUGCAUUUUAAAGAUAAGAUUGUUUUUCCUUUGUUUGUAUAUUAUGAUGAUCUGGAGGUCAAUGAUCCCCUCGGCAGUCAUAAAGUUGUAUCAAAACUUGGUGGAACUUAUGUAACAAUCCCUUGUUUACCACCAGAGUAUCAAUCCAAAUUGGAAAACAUAUUUCUAGCACUGCUUAUUUACUCUCUUGAUAGAUCUCUGUUUGGAAAUGCAAAUGUUUUUAAAAUUCUAGUUGAUGAAAUUAAUUAUCUCCAGAAGACGGGGAUUGAAAUUGAUGUCGAUGGUUCCCCAAUUCGAGUGUACUUUGCGUUAGGACUGGUUUUAGGAGAUAACCUUGCUCUGAACGGUGUAUUAGGUUUUGUGGAAAGUUUUAGAGCUUACUACUUCUGUAGGUUCUGCAAAACUCACAGGGAUACAACUACAACUGACUGUUGCGAGACACCAGAACUAAGACGGAAUGUUGAUGACUAUGAAAGGGAUGUCGCCGCUCCAAUGUCAAAGAGUGGCGUCAAAGAAAAAUCUAUUUGGAAUGAUGUUGAGCACUUUCAUGUGUAUGAGAAUUUUUGUUCUGAUCCAGUAUUGCAUGAAUUUGCUGAAGGUUCGGGGAAAAGGGCCAUGAUUUUAAUUCUACAAAACUUAUUUAGUGACAAUACGAAUAAUAUAACUUUGGAAUGUGUGAAUGAGAGGAUGAACACUUUUGAUUUUGACCUGAAUGGCAUUUCAAACAGGCCGCCUCCCAUUUCACCCAAAGAAUUUGAAGAAAAGGGCAAAAUUUACAUGUCUGGUAGUGAAAUGAUAAACUUCAUUCUUAUAUUCAGUUUCUUAGUGGGUGACCUGGUGCCAGAAGGCAAUGCUGUGUGGCCAUUGUAUCUAGUUAUGAGAGAAAUAUUGGACAUUGUUCGCUCAACUGCUCAUCCGCCAGGUACAAUUAAUCGUUUAAAAUACUUGAUUACAGAGUUUCUCAAACUUUAUUCAACAUUAUUUGAUGAACUUUUUAAAGCCAAGGAACACAUCAUGACCCACUGGCCUUUUCUUUUAGAAAUGUCUGGUCCUCUCAGUCUUUUCAGUUCUAUGAGAAUGGAAUCAAAAAAUAGGCUGUUUAAAUUAAGAGCCGUUGCAACAUCAUCUAGAGUCAACAUUGUGUUCACAACUGCUUUAAAAGAGCAGCUUCAAUUUUGUUACCGCAUUUCCAGCAACAGAGGACUUGAGUGCAAACCUGAAACUGGUCCAGCAACCUACUUGAAAGCAGUCAACGAUGACUGCUUUGCUCUAGCUGCUGGUAAUAGUUCCUGUGGCAUCUCAUCAUCCAUUCUUGAUACGUGUGUAGAGGUUUCAUGGGCUAAAGUUAAAGGUACAACUUACAAGAGAGGGAUGUGUGUAGCCAUGGGUCUUGAUGAGUAUGAUUUGCCAAUAUUUGGAGAUAUUGAGAAAUUUUUUUGUUCUGAAGGGAAUGUUGUCUAUCUGUUUUGCCGCACUUUGCUCACCGGUGCGUUUGAUGACAUCAUAAAUGGUUAUGAAGUUUAUGACACCGAUGAGUUUGUAUUCAUACAGCAAGAAAAUUUGUUAAGUUUUCGACCUGUUUUGCACACCUUUAUGUCCUCAAAGGAAAUGCGCUAUGCUUGCAUGAAACAUACUUAA